AUGAGCAACAAAGUCACCCAGAAGUCAAACAGAGGCUUGGUCGAAGCAUCAGAUAACAAGGCUCCGAAGCCGCAAGCCAAGGAGAUUGCCAACCAGCUAGACAGAGGUUUGGUCAACAGGGCAGUAGCAGCCGAUGGAGCUCAGAAGAAAAAAGGCACGAAGGACACGAAAAUUCCCAAAGAGCUAAGCAGAGAUAUGAUCGAAAGGGCAGUCGCAGUCGAUAAGGCUCAAAAGAAGAAAGGCACGGACACGAAAAUUCCCAAAGAGCUUAGCAGAGAUAUGAUCGAAAGGGCAGUCGCAGUCGAUAAAGCUCAAAAGAAGAAAGGCACGGACACGAAAAUUCCCAAAGAGCUUAGCAGAGAUAUGAUCGAAAGGGCAGUCGCAGUCGAUAAAGCUCAAAAGAAGAAAGGCACGAAGGACACGAAAACUCCCAAAGAGCUAAGCAGAGAUAUGAUCGAAAGGGCAGUGGCAGUCAAUAGGGCUCAGGAGCAGCAAGCUAAGCCCAAGCAGCUAAACAGAGGCCUGGUCGAAGAAGUAGUCGCAGAUCAUGAGAAGAAGGCGGGAACUAAGGUUAACACUGUUCCCAAGACUUCUGGUGGAAAGGACCCACGGGGGAGAAAGUGA